AUGAUUGCUCCCAAAACCUAUCAGUUUCUCGUCGGCAUCUUCGCCUCGCUCGGAUCAUUUAACUACGGUUAUGAUCUUGGCGUUAUCGGAGGCAGUGUUGCUUCAACCUCUUUUAAAUCGAUGUUCCAUCCGAAUGCCGAUGAAGUCGGUGCCGUUGUGUCCCUCUUCACUGGAGGUGGCUUCUUUGGAGCUUUCGCGGCUGGCCCAAUGGGUGACUGGCUGGGCAGACGACUGGCCAUCAUGAUUGGAGCCAUCAUCUUUUGUGUUGGCGGUGCCUUGCAAGCAGCCGGCCAAAAUCUGUCCUUCUUUUAUGCUGGUCGAGCUAUUGGUGGAUUCGGUGUCGGCAUUCUCGUCAUGAUUGUGCCCAUGUAUCAAGCCGAGAUCGCUCACCCCUCCAUCCGAGGUCGAGUAACUGGCCUGCAACAGUUGAUGCUUGGUAUUGGAGCCGUCUUCGCAACAUGGACCGUGUAUGGCACCAACCUGCAUUUCCUCACAAGCGAGCAAUGGCGUAUCCCCCUUGGCCUUCAAAUUGUUCCUGCCGGCAUUCUUGCUCUCAUGAUUUUGCUCUUCCCGGAAUCACCCCGCUGGCUGAUUGACCACGGCAGGGAGGAGGAAGGACUCAAGACUUUAGCUAAACUUCACACCAAUGGAAACGAAAAUGACCCUUGGGUCCAGGCCGAGUACCUCCAAAUCCAGACUACUAUUUCUCACGAGCACGAACUCGAAGCAAAAGGCUACCGGGAUUUAUUUACUGACCGUGCGAGCUUCCGCCGACUUUUUCUUGUCACCGCCCUGCAGGCUUCCGUCCAGAUGACCGGUGUAUCAGCCAUCCAGUACUUCACCCCGGAUAUCUACAAAGCUAUGAACAUUGACACCACAGAUUCAUUGAAGUAUCAGGCCAUCAGCAACGUACUCUCUGUUCUUGCGCAGCUCUGUACCGUGCUUUUCAUUGAUAAACUUGGUCGUCGCUGGCCGUUAAUCGUCGGCAACGGUAUCAACUGUAUCUGCUUCGUCAUUGUUACCGCAGCUCAGGCUAGUUUCCCUCACGUUUCGCAUUCGAUGCAAAAUUCACUUGGCUGGCUUUUCAUUGUCACCAAUUGGUGCUAUCAAGUCAGCUUCUCCUUCACCUGCGGCUCCCUUUCGUGGAUCAUUCCCGCCGAGGUAUUUGACACAAAGACCCGUUCCAAGGGCAUCUCUAUCGGUGUCAUGGCCUCAUUCGCUUUCAACACCAUGAUUGGACAGGUUACGGCCCCGGCUAUCGAGAACAUCGGUUGGAGGUACUUCCUGGUAUUCGUGGUUUGCAAUUUCACCAACGCCAUCUUUUUCUGGGCGUUCAUGCCAGAGACGAAGCUGCUGCCGCUUGAAGAGAUGAAUGUCUUGUUUUCGAGCACGUCUUGGUUUGUGCCGGGCACCUCGCAGAAGCGCAUGAGUGACCUGGAUGCCAGGGUCGAAGAAGUCAAGUUGCAAAAGGAGGGCUUCGAAGUACGGCAGAUUGAGACUGUACGGGAUUAA